GCGCUUGUGUUUUGUCUAGGUGCCACACCCGGUCCACUCACAGGCACAACUCAGGCGCUCGCACACGCAUGAAAAACAAAUCGAUAACUGGAUCCACUGCGCACACAGAUGCAGUGCGGCUGGGCAGCUUCAGCAAGGGUGAUGCACUGCCGAAACGGGAGGAGCUACCCCACACUGCUGAUGGAUACGACACCCAAGGUGUUCUGCUGGUGCAACGGUGCCUGAUCGUGCGGCGGGAUGAGAAGGGCUAUGGUCUGACUGUCUCAGGCGAUAACCCUGUUUUUGUGCAGUCUGUCAAGCCAGGUGGGGCAGCGGCACGGGCAGGUGUCCACCAAGGUGACCGUAUCAUCAAAGUCAAUGGGACGUUAGUGACACAGUCCAACCACCAAGACGUAGUUCACCUUAUCAAGUCGGGAGCGCACGUGGCACUCACCCUGCUCGGACCGCCUUCCUCUGGUGUGGGUGGUGAGCGACCAAACAACACUGCUGGGGGUGGAACCACCAGCACAGCACCUGCAGCCUCGCCACCCAGCCACCAGCCGCUAGUUUCAAAGCAGUCUUCAGAACGUAUCACUGGGCCCCAGCCGGUUGAUCCUGAGAAGCAACAGCAAUGCACAAACAUCUCGUACCUGACAAUCAAGAAGAUGCUGGAAAAAGAGCAGUCAUACCUGAUGCAACUGCUGCACGAGUAUGGCAAGACGUCGUCUGAGAAAAGUCAUGCGGAGAUGCAGAGUGCCCGCAAGCGCAUCUCCCACCUGGAGAACCAGCUGUCGGCCCUGCGGGGCUCCAACCAGGAGGCCACUGCUGCCGCUCCACGUCAGCGCUCGGCCACAGAGGCCCGUCGGAGCACGGAAGGGCCCGAGGGGCUGCGCUCAAGUUCCUUCCACGUAGCACCUCAUGCGACAACGGCGGGGCGUCCCCGGUCGGGACCACUGGCGAGCUCGGCUUCGUUGGAGAACCUCUCGCACGCUCUUGGACCCAGUCCAUGGAGUGUUCCGACGCAUUUACGGCAGCGGUCAAGCCCCGAGACGCUGCUGUGCACCCUCGAAGGCACCCUAGGUCCAGUUGAGGAGCCACCCAUGGGGCCCAGUCUUGACCUAGGGCUUGCGCCUUCAUCUUGCACGGAAAAUCCCCCGGUGACCCCUGUUAGAGACCCCGGUGACCUGUCAGAGUCUUGGCGUGGUGAUGACACAGCUGAAGAGGCUGACAACACCUCUGAAGAGGGAUUCCUGGAAGGUGAGCUUCCCGGAUUGGAUGACAGCCUCGAAGGCCGACCAUUGCAGUACGGCACUCCCCCUGAAGGACCGCCCCCCACCGGUGGCCGCGUGCCUGUGCAGCAGAGUAGCAUUCUGUCCAUGGACGAUGAGGAACGCACCUCGGACAACGAGCG